AUGACCAAGUUCUUCAACGAGAUAGUACGUGUUGCCCUUUCGGGUAACGUGCCAAACCGACCAUGUGAUCACAUGCCUGCGGGAACAGUGACCGACUUCGAAAUCUACGGCUGCGAUGCCGGCAAGCCUUGCAGUAUUGUUCGCGGGGACACUACUUUGCUCAAGUUUGAUUAUAUAUCUAGUACUCCAUACGAAAACCCAUCUUUUGAUAUGGCUAUCCGUUAUAAAGUGGGUUCAGUCGAUCACUUUGUUAACGCAGUGGCAGAUCUGCCGCACUUCGAACAGAACGCUUGUAAGCACACCAAAUGUCCCCUCCAGGCCGGUGUGAAGCAGACAUUGUAUUUGAACCAAUCCAUACCCCAUGACUUUCACCGGGAAAUGCCUCUAAAAGACUUAGAUUUAAUCUUUGGCAUAGCAGGCAGAUUUGGAAUUGAUUAUUAUAAUUAA